AUGGCUUCCUACUACAUCACCAACCCGCAUGUGGGCGACCAAGAGAGUUCGGAAGACUGGCGGAUUCGUGGCUACAACCCUCUCACGCCGCCGGACCUGCUCCAGCAUGAAAUCCCACAGACGAAAGAGUCCAAGGCGACGGUGCUACAGGGGCGAAACGACAGCGUCGCCGUCGUCAACGACACAGACCCCAACCGCAGACUCCUGGUCAUCAUCGGCCCCUGCUCGAUCCACGACCCGGUCUCUGCGCUCGACUACUGCGACCGGCUGCUCAAGAUGAAGGAAAAGUACAAGGACGACCUGGUGAUCGUGAUGCGGUCGUACCUCGAGAAACCCCGGACGACGGUCGGGUGGAAGGGCUUGAUCAACGACCCCGAGAUUGACGGCAGCUUCCUGAUCAACAAGGGCCUGAGACUCAGCCGGCAGCUGUUCGUGGACCUGACGGCGCGCGGCAUGCCGAUUGCCAGCGAGAUGCUCGACACCAUCAGCCCGCAGUUCCUGGCUGACCUGCUGAGCGUCGGCGCCGUCGGCGCCCGCACCACCGAGAGCCAGCUGCAUCGAGAGCUGGCCUCGGGCCUGUCGUUCCCCGUGGGCUUCAAGAACGGCACCGACGGCACGCUGGGCGUCGCCAUCGACGCCAUCGGCGCCGUCAGGCACCCGCACCACUUCCUGUCCGUCACGAAGCCCGGCGUCGUCGCCAUCGUCGGCACCGUUGGCAACGAGGACUGCUUUGUGAUCUUGAGAGGCGGCACCACCGGCACCAACUACGACAGCGAGAGCAUCAAAAAGGCAAAGGAAAAGUUGGUCUCCAAGGGUCUCAAGCCGAGGUUGAUGGUCGACUGUUCUCACGGAAACAGCGAGAAGCAACACAAGAACCAGCCCAAGGUCGCCAAAGUCUUGGCCGAACAGAUUGAAGGCGGAGAGGACGGUAUCAUGGGUGUCAUGAUCGAAAGUCAUAUCAACGAAGGAACUCAAAAAGUCCCUCCAGAAGGCAAGGCAGGUCUGAAAUAUGGCCAGUCGAUAACCGACGCCUGUAUAGGGUGGGAAGACACCGAGUCCGUCCUCGAAGUGCUCGCGACUGCCGUUCGGAAGCGAAGAGAGAAACUUGGUCCCAUCAAGGCCGUGAAUGGUGUUGCAUCCUCCUAA